AUGGAUGACUCUGUGCAGACUGAGACGAAGCCAGACAUUGACGUGAAAGAUGAGGAAGAGACCCAACCAGACCCAGACGAGAUCAUGGAUAUGACGAACGGGAACGGGCGGGCAUGGUGUGUAAAGGUGCCAAAGUAUCUGAUGGAAAAAUGGAGCUCCAUCUCGGAAGAUAAUGUUCACCUUGCAACAUUGCGAGCUUAUGGUCCCGAUCCACGCACGGGAAAAUCACGCUUCGCACUGUUCGUGCCAAUCAACCCGCCUGAUCCCUCAGAUCCAAAAGCAAAGGAGGCACCUUCUCUUGAACCUGGAACGUAUGAAGAAUAUGACCUAGACAUGGUCAACGAAUCCGUUGAGAACCAGAUUGUCGUUGCUGAGUCAACACCUACUCAAGGCUCGCGUGUGCGUUCUACGAUUCUGACUGGUCGUGUGAAGCACGAAUGUAGUUUGCGACCAAAGUUGACGGAUGCAUAUCGGCGACGAGUUCGAAUGAGGACAAUUACUGCAAAUACUCCGAAACGGAGUGCGAAGAUUAUGGAUGAGGCUGAGGCGGGUGGAGUUGGACGAAUGAACAGACUUGGAAGCGGAAUGGCAACGCCAUCUUCGGCGUUCUCUAACCUGGUUAAGCCGAAACCAAAGCCUGCGAAAGGCACCUACGAGCGGUUUGCUCGUAUUCCUCGCAACCAGCUGUUGGACAUGCUGUUCGCGUUGUAUCGCGAACGGCCACGAUGGUCAGCAAAGGAUCUGAGAAGUCGCACUGAGCAGCCCGAAGCAUAUCUGAAGGAGGUAUUGAAUGGGAUUGCUGACCUCCAUCGGAGUGGUGAGUUCAACGGGAUGUAUGAGCUCAAGCCGAACUUCCGAGAUUCGGUAAGUCGGACUGUAAAGACUGAGAGCGGAGAAUACUCGGGUGCGGCGGGUGAACUGAUGAAGACUGAGCCUGAUGUUGAAAUGAUCGAUGAUGACGAGGACGAGGAUGAUGACGAUGAAGAUAUGGAAGAAAUCUCAUAG